UACGUGGUUCGCGGCAAUAGCCAUGGUAGUUGGAAAGCAAGUGCCAUGCAACCACGAAAACGCAAUGUUACUAUCGAAAGGACCAUCCUACCGCUUCGCAAUGGAGGUUCUUCAUGCCAUGGACUUCGAAAAUGAUGGCCACUUUGUCUUCUCACCUCUGGCUUCAUGGCUACAGCUGAUGAAUGUGUUGGAAGGAGCUUCAGGCUACACUCAGAAAGAAAUCCUCAAAGCAACAGGACACCACCCCAAUAUAUGCUAUAGACGGAAGCUAAGAGAGGUCUUGAAUGGCUUACUUGGUAAUGCAAGCAGAACCGAUUACAAGAUGAACUGUUUGAUAAUUGUAGAUGAGCUGCUUGGCGUCAGAAAGGAGUUUAAGGAAGAAGUCACGAAAACUACGACCCUAGAUGUGCUUGCUUUGGACUUUGUGCAUCCAAACGCGUCAGCCAAAAUAGCUAAUCAACUCAUAGAGAAGAAAACUGGGAGCAUUUUCAAAGACAUGGUUUUUGAAGACGAUUUCGAAGACACUUACUUCCUGACGUAUGACUUUGCUAACUACAAGAGCGCGUGGAUGCAGUCUUUCGACCCUCUCAAGACUAAGAUGGAAGUGUUCUAUGGGCCAGAUGGCAAAGCCCUUGGAUAUGUCAGAAUGAUGAACACAGUGGGUCAGUUUUACACCGCCAGCCUUCCCCAGCUUAACUUGAAUAUCUUAGAGCUACCAAGUGACAAGAACAAGCAAGUUUCUAUGCUGGUGUUCCUACCGCAACACCCAAGUCCCGAUUCCGUGUUUUCCAAUCUGAACAAGACGACUAUGGCUGGAAUCUUCAACAGUUUAAAGAAGGAAGCACCGAAAACGGUUGCUGUUAGCUUGCCUAAAUUCCAGAUAGAAACCUGGAGCAGUCCCAAUGAGAUGAUGUUCGAUAUGGGCAUGAAAUCCAUGUUCUACUUAGACAAUGCUCAACUGGGUGGUAUCAGCAAGUUCAAGAUCAACGUUUCCAUGAUGCUGCAGUUUGCUGCUAUUGAGGUGACAGAGGGUGGAGUGAAAGCUGCGAGUGUGACUGCUGGGCGUGGUAAGAGGGACUUGGUUCAGUUCAAAGCGAACCAUCCGUUCGGGUUUGCGAUUGUGGAUAAGAAGACAGAGUUUGUUCUGUUUGCUGGGAUGUACUCCGGGCCUCGCAGGGCUGAUCGGUUGGAUGAAACUGAUUAAUGCAAGUAGGCAGAUAGGUAUCUGGUAAGCCCUUAAGGAACUUUGGCCCUCAGCGUCUUCCUAAGUAGUUGCAAUCUUUAUUGAAUCUUUGUUAAGUACUCGUAUAUUUAAAUUUGGAUUACGAGUUAAUCUGAUUUGCCUUCUCCUACGGAAGUACCACUCUUAAAUCUAUGCCUGUUAACCUCAAGAUAUAGACAUUAGAAAGGGAUACAAUAUAAUAAAAACAUUUCUCAAUUUGAAAA